AUGACACCCGCAUAUACGGAAGUUCCCCUUCAAGUUCAGGGAGUCAACCUGAGCCUCUCUACUGUUCACAACCUGAACUCCAACCCUCCAAUCCUCUUUCUCCAUGGAUUCGGCUCCUGCAAAGAAGAUCUGGCCGACAUUCUGAUUGCGCAUCCAUCCCUACGCAACUAUGGGUUUCUUGCCUUUGAUGCCCCUGGGUGCGGGCAGUCAUCUAGCGACAAUCUCUCUGCCACAGACAUUCCUUUCCUCGUCGCCACCGCGGAAGCAGUUCUCUCUCACUUCCAAAUCACCAAAUUCCAUCUCAUCGGCCACUCCAUGGGCGGACUGACCGCGCUUCUUCUGGCCCACCGUCAUCCAUCCCAGAUCCUAAGCUUCAUGGAUAUCAAAGGGAACCUCGCACCGGAAGACUGCUUCCUCAGCCGACAAAUCUUCAGUUUCCCAUCCGACGACCCGGAAGCAUUCCUAGACGCCUUCAUCAGUCGCACCCGCCAGGCAAAAUCCUUCGCCAGCCCUCUCUACGCAAGUACCUUACGCGCGCGGGUCCGUGCGGGCGCUGUUCGUGCGAUUUUCGAAUCCAUGGUGCGGCUAUCAGAUGAUGAAGACCUCCUGGGAAUGUUUCUCGGUCUGCCGUGUCCGAAGAUGUUCAUGUUCGGAGAAGAGAACCGCGGGUUAUCGUACCUGGGGCGGUUGGAGAAGGAGGGUGUGGAGUUGGCGCAAAUUCCCCACAGCGGACAUUUCCCUAUGUAUUCGAACCCGCCGGAGAUGUAUCGUCGACUGGCAGGUUUCUUGGAUCGAAUUGCUUAG